AUGAUGCAGACAUCAGACCUCAACCAUAUGAUCGAUGAAGAUCAAAGUGCUCAGGGUUUUACCGAAAUAGUAAAUCGAAUAAGAACUGAUCUUCUCCGGAAAAUAAAACAAAGAAUGGAAAGUCUUCGUCAUCAACUGUUUUUCUUAUUGAUUGUAUCUAUUUUACUAUUAAUAUUUUUACUUUUCUAUUCAUUUGGUACCUCUUUACAAACAUCAAUAUCAAUUGAUUUCAAUCAACAAGUCACAACGAAUGCAACUUUAACGUCAAAAUCAAUUCCUUAUGUCCAAGAACCACACAUAUACUCUAAAAACCAAUAUUUAAAUAAAACUCGACUACCUAGUGAAAAUGUUAUUGCCUUCUUAGUGGCAAGUUUUGCCGGUGAUAUACGUCGAGCUUAUAAUCCUUAUCCGAAACUACGAGAAAAAAUUAUCCAGCUUGAUGAACGUCUCGGUGACAAUAAGAUAACAGAUAUAAUUAUAUUUCACACUGGUUAUCCUUUUCGAGAAGAUCUAGUACCAAUAAUGGAUUCGACUGCACGAAACGUGCUGUUCGUGAAUGUUGAUCAUAUAUUUUAUAAGUUUUCUCCUGGUUUCGAUCCGCAUAUAAGAGAUCCAACUUGGACACAGAAAGGUAAAUGGCAUUAUCAUCAUAUGUGUUACUUUUGGUUUAAACAAGUAUUUGAAUUAAAAAUUAUUCAACGAUAUCGAUACAUGAUGCGACUUGAUGACGAUUCGGGAAUUGAAGGUAAAUGGCCUAAUGUAUUCGAAAUAAUCGCCAAACAUCGCGCUGUUUACCUAGCCAAUAUGAGAAUAGUGGACUUCGAAUAUGUACUCCCGGGCACGAAACUCGUGCGAAAUCUCACUAUCGCUUUUAUAAAAACAUAUAAGAUAACUCCACAAAAUCCUGAUAUGUUGGCUGAAGUGUUUAAUCAUACAAUCGAAACGCCCGGUUAUUGGAAUAAUCUUGAAGUGAUGGAUUUAUUGUUUCUUCGACAACCGAGAAUCGCUGAGUUUACUCGUCUUGUUGAUGAAUCAAUGGGUGUAUAUCUCUAUCGAUGGGGUGAUGCACCUCUUCGUUUUAUAAUUUUAGCUCUUUUUGCAAAUGCAACUCAAAUAUUGCACCGAGAAAAACUAGGACUGGCGUAUUGUCACCCGUGUUAA